UCGGUAUUUACAUUCAAUUGCGGCACUUUCAGUUGAUUUUAGGUGUUUGAAGUAGCAUCAUAUCAAAGAUUUCAGAAAGUUUCGAAACACAAUUCAUAAUACAUAUAAAAUUACGCGGUUCUUUAUUUUGUAUUCUUGAUUAAUAAUAAAAUUAAUAAAUACAAAAAUGGAGCGUUGGGUUGGAAAAAUUGCUGUAGUAACAGGUGCUUCAAAUGGCAUUGGAUUAGCUAUAGCAAAAUCUUUGGUUCGAGAAGGAAUGAUUGUCGUUGGACUAGCCAGAAGGAAAGCGAAAAUGGAGAGUGAAAUGAAAGGCUUAAAAGAAAAAGGAACUUUUCAUGCAUUCGAAUGUGAUGUUUCUAAACAAGAAGAUGUGAUUAAAGCAUUUGAUUGGAUAAAAAAGAACUUGGCAAUGGUCAAUGUGUUGGUUAAUAAUGCUGGCCUUACUGUUUUCGGGAAAAUUCUUGAUUCAGACAAAGAAACCUGGGAAAAAUUGUUUGGUGUAAACGUUAUGGGCUUAUUGUAUUGCAGUCAGCAAGCUGUGAAAAUGAUGAAGGAAUCUGACCAAGAAGGUCACUUGAUAAACAUAAACAGCUUAUUGGGAAAGCAGCCGACGAGCAAUUAUAAAUUGCUUGGUUCGUUUGCCAGUGAAGCGACUAGAGUCUAUCUUUUUUGA